AUGAACUAUGGGGUGAUGAAUCUUGAGGAAGCAUAUGCUCAUGAUGGAAGCAAGACAAGACAGUUGGACUCUUUUGUCUCAGCAAGACAAGACAGUUACAGUGCCCGGAAACCUGGAGUGGGACCUUCUGUGUGUAGCAAAGCACACGACGUCGAGUCUCCUUUUUACAAGCCACUUCAGAUGUGUCUUUGUGGAACACGUAGCCGGAGGUGGAUUCCCAUUGUAGGCAGGACAAGAUGGCCUAGCCGGUCUUCACUAGGAGGAGGUUGGAGAAGAUGCAGCGAAUUGGACACUAGACGUAAGAGACUACUGAGACCCGGCGAUGAAGACCCUUCACCUCCUUAUAACAUGCUCGGAAACGUUUUGGACAUGAAUGCUCAGUUCGGUUGGCUCAACUCCGCGUUGUUGGAAGCUAAGAAAUCGGUUUGGCUCAUGAAUGUUGUCCCUACAGCUGGACCAAACCACCUCCCAAUGAUUCUUGACCGUGGCUUUAUCAGAGUUUUACACGACUGGUGA